AUGCCCAAAAGAACGUUUAUUUCAAAAAAAGAAAAAACUGCACCGGGUUUUAAGGUAGGAAAAGAUAGAUUAACACUACUUAUGUGCAGUAACGCCUCAGGUGAGCACGUGGUUAAGCCCAUGCUAGUUUAUAAAUCCCUCAAUCAAAAACUUAAUAAAAACGCUUUACCAGUAUAUUGGGCUGCAAAUAAGAAAGCUUGGGUUACCAUUGACUUAUUUAAGAAAUGGUUUUUAAACUGUCUUCUUCCAAGCGCGGAGAAGUACUUAAAGCAAAAAAAAAUAGAUUUUAAAAUUCUACUAAUAUUGGAUAAUGCACCAAGUCACCCGAAAAAUUUUAGUCACCCAAAUGUUGAAGUAAUAUUUCUACCGCCGAAUACAACUUCAUUACUUCAACCACUAGAUCAAGGUAUUAUAUCUACGUUUAAAUCUUAUUACAUAAGAACAUCUUUGCAAUGGAUUUUGAAUAAAGUUGAAGAUGAUUCUAUCGAUGUCAUGCAGGCUGGGAAACGCUUUACAAUUUUGGACUGUAUUAAUCACAUAUCUUCAUCCAUUAAGAAAUUAAAACCAUCAACAUUGAAUAGUUGUUGGAAAAAUCUAUGGCCAGAGGCAGUUGAAAAGGAUAACUUAAUUGAUCCAGAUCAUAACGAAGUAUUAGAUACAGUUGUAGAAGUUGCUAAGUCUGUAGGAGGGGAAGGUUUUGACGACAUGAAUGUCGAAGAUAUUUAA